CCGCAGCUGUUGUUUUUCUGCCGUGAAUAUAAAGUAUCCUGACCGCCACUACCACCUUCCCCAAUGUGUAGAAGAUGUUAUACUUCGCCAUCGUUAAGUGAAGAAUUGUGAGAAACGCACCUUCAUGUGCUUAUCGCAGCGGCUGUGAUGGCAGUGAAGGGCAGACUGAAGCCCUGUGUGUGCCUGGGCCUGCUGGGUCUCCUAUGCUGGGUUUGGGUCUCGUAUGCCUCAUUUCCUGAUGCACCAGUUCUCCUGGAAUCGCUGGAUGCAAGUGACCGAGGCGCCUUCCAGCCCCAGAGCGCUCUGUCAGACAUGGAGUUUGCCUCCAUCAGUUCAUACCGCGGACCCGGCAACAAUGAUGCCCGCAGCAACAAGGACCUGCCUAUUCUGCUCUGGUGGAGUGCAGGACUCUUCCCGCAUUUUCCUGGCGACUCAGAACGCAUAAACUGUGCCACUUCCUCCUGCAUAGUCACAAGUAACCGGAAGGUCCAGCUCUACAAACGGACAGCAUCCAUCAUCUUCUACGGGACAGACUUCCGAGCAUACGAAGCACCGCUACCCCGUCUGCCUCACCAGACCUGGGCCCUGUUCCAUGAGGAGUCACCUAUGAAUAACUACUUCCUCUCCCAUGGCCCUGGGAUCCGGCUCUUCAACUACACAGCCACAUUUCGUAGAGAGUCUGACUACCCCCUAACAUUGCAAUGGCUGCCCUCUCUAACUUACCUCCUGCAUCCUGUAGCUGUGUCGCUCCAGGAAAAGAACCACUGGAGGAGGGAGGGCCUGGCUCCUGUGCUCUACAUGCAGUCCCACUGUGAUGUGCCAUCAGACAGAGACCGAUAUGUCCAGGAACUCAUGAAAUUUAUAGAGGUGGACUCCUAUGGUAAAUGCUUAAACAACAAACCCCUGCCUGAGCGUUUGGAGGACACAGCCACUGCCACCGGCGAGGAUUCUUUCUUUAUGAGCUUUGUGGCGCGCUACAAGUUCCACCUGGCACUGGAAAAUGGGCUGUGUCCAGAUUAUAUGACAGAGAAACUGUGGCGCCCUUUGCACCAGGGUUGUGUGCCUGUGUACCGAGGUUCCGCUGUGGUAGGAGACUGGAUGCCCAACGAUCACUCAGUCAUCAUCACUGACAAUUUUCCAUCACCCAAGGAUCUAGCCAACUACCUCAAAUUCUUGGAUGAGAAUGAUGAUGAAUACACAAGAUAUCUAGAGUUCAAAAAUCCCAGCCACAUCACAAACACUCAUCUUUUGAAGAGCUUAGAGACCCGCGAGUGGGGGGUUAAUGACAUGAGCAAGCCCAACUACCUCAAUGGAUUUGAGUGCUUCGUCUGUGACCAGGAGAAUGCUCGACUGGCAGCUGAAAGGGCCUACCGGAAAGCUCCUAAGCAGCACCCACCCCCUCAACCUAAGUUGGCCAAUAACUCCCACAUGGGAUGCCCUUUACCCAGUCCAGGGUAUGGGGAUGUCCAAGAGAUUCCUUCUGAUGAUGGAUGGUUGCAAAUAUGGCCUCAGGAUUACUGGCAGAGCCUCGACCAAGCAGAAGGUUUGGAGUCUCUGAUAAGACAUAAUGAGUCGGACCCUUCACUGCUAUGGCAUCACAUCCAGAACAUUGCUGUGAGUAGAGCCAGAGGAAAACAGCGACACAGGCCUUGAGACAAAUUGUGGAUGGGACC